AUGUCUAGUCUAUUUAAUUUCGCUUUAGAUAAAGUUAAGGUUAUAAGUUCAUACGUACCUUUUGUAAAGGAUGUGGUGGAAAAGGUGGAAAAUGCCGUUUCAAAUCGUUCUGAUGCUGUACAUAACUUAAACCGUAUUAAAGAAUUUACUAAUGAAGUGUCAAAACUGCAAGGUCUUAAAAAAAUUCUUGAAGCAACCUAUAUUACAAAAAAAUACGAAAACUUAAUGAAAGAACUCGAUACAUUAAUGAUGGAUUUAGAUUUAUCGCAUUUAUUGGAAAAUUGGUUCCAAAAAGCAAUUAACAACUAUGAUUUGAAGGAAAUACCUUUUAUUAAUUUUGGAAAAUUAAAGUUUGUAGGUCGUGGUGCAUUUGGGAAUGUUUUUCGGACUUCUUGCAAAUCAAUUAAGGAAGAAGUGGUUGCCAUAAAAGAAAUGCACAUUGAAGAUAACGAAACAGACAUUAAAAUGUUUCUUAAUGAGUUAAAACUACAUGGUCAAGUUUCGCAUCAAGGAAUUAUCCAACUUUAUGGAGUAAGUAAAGACUAUGAUCGUGGAGCUUACUACCUCGUGAUGGAAUAUGCAAACUGCGGAACUUUAGAACAAUAUUUGGAAAAAAACGCCAUGCUUUCUUGGGAUAAUAAG